AUCAACGUAGAGGGCCAGGGCAUUGAAAGCGGAUCGGAUGGCGGCGAUUUCAGAAACUGGAGCUCAGCUUUUUGCUCGACUUGGCGAGAAGCCCUCUCUUGCUAGACUGAACCCCAAACUGAUCCCGCCAGGUUUGGAACCUCGACCUGGAGAUGUGGUAGAGGUCUACGGCUCUAGCGGAUCCGGAAAGACUGAACUGCUUUUGAACCUUACUGCAACGUGUGUUCUUCCAGAGCAGUGGAAGGGUAUCGAUAUCGGGGGACUAGGAACCAGCGUUGUAUUUGUAGACACCGACCAUCAGUUCUCAAUGCUCAGACUGUUUGCCCUUCUGGAGCACAAAGUUACUAAUGCUAUUCAUAGGAUGAAGCUUAAGGAUAAUAUCGAAGAUCAUGAUCAAGGAAAAGCAAGGACAUCAUGUAUCCGUUCCGAGUGUCCAGAUAAAAACAGCGAUGGGAUUGACCGGGAUGCUUGCGUCCAACAGAAUACAAAAGUCAAUAUACAACACGCUCCCAGAACUACCCCAUCUGCUGAUCAAUCAACUGAUGGUGCCCAUUAUUCUCCCCCUUCUGAAGAAGAAGUAGAGGGUUUCAUAAAGGCCUGCCUGAAGAGACUCUACAUCGUGAAGAUUGCUUCAAGCAACCAACUGGUCAUAACCCUCCAUUCUUUGGAAUCCUUGCUUGCAAGCCAAUGUGACAUUUCUGUGCUGAUGAUGGAUUCUGUAUCAGCGUUCUACUGGUUGGAUAGGAUGAAAGGCGAUGGUGCACAGCAUCAGGGUGUCAACCAGAAGCUGGCAUUUACAAUCCUCUCCAGACUAGUCCAAGACUACCAUUUAGUCCUCUUCGCUACCAAGGCAGCUCUUGUUGCCAAGCAACCACAGCAUGAAUUCUGGUCACGACUUGAUUCUGCUAACGAAACGGAUUGUUCUCAUCAAACAUCAUCAUCAAGUUUGAAAUUAAGCACGGAACAUCAUGAGUUCAUGGGUCAGGAAUGGACAAAGCUUGUCACCCAUAGACUGGUCCUUGAACAACGAGAUCACAUGACCUUCGAUGGACCAAUCAGCUCAUUUCUGUCAGUGCUGAAGCACAAGACCUCAGGAAAUAUGUAUUCGUGUCAAUUCACCAUAGAUCAACAAGGUAUCCAGGAAGGAAGAUAACACUGUAUUACUUUGAAAACUCGUAUCUUCAAAAUUACUACACUGACACUGCAAUAGCCAUGUAUUUGAUUAGACCCUCUGAAGGGGAACCUGUUCAAAAUAAAAAUUAUUUCAUUAUUGAUAAUUUGUUUAUUAUCAUUAUAGUCAUUUAUAAUCAAUUUUAGAAUUUCAUCUCAGUUAUAUUCUAUUCUAUUUGCCCUCAGUGUUAGAGCUUUAUAAUAUAUUCUUUACUUUUUUCUCCCUUGUUUUUGUCUCAAAAAGUUUAUGGAUCUGACUCAUGAAACUUGGACAUAAGAGUAAUCAAGUAUCACUGAACAUCCUGCGUGAGUUUCAGGUCACAUGAUCAAAGUCAAAGGUCAUUGAACUUUGGCCAUUUUCGAGGUAAUUAUUAGAUUGCUGUCAUAACUUUCAGUUUAUAGAUAUAAUGUAUAAAAUGUGAAUAUUGGGGUAAUCUAGUAUCACUGACAAGGUUUAGGUCACAUGGUCAAGGUCAAAUGUCAAUGAACGUAGUAUUGUAUCAUUAUAUGAAUGGUGUUUUUUGUGAAUAAUUAUUUUAUAGUAGUUUUCAAAGUCAGCACUGCUGCUAUAUUGAAUCGCGUGAUGCAGGUGAGACCGCCAGAGGCAUUCCACUUGUUUAGUUACAGUAUCAUACAAGUGCUAUUCAUUGAAAUAUCAGUGUCACAGUGAUAUUACUGUCAUAUCAUUUUGUCCUACUAGUAAUCAGGAAGAACUUGCAAUCAAUAAUAUGGAGCUUGAAGCUCCAUAGUAAAUAACACUCCUUUAAGAUUCAAUAUUUUAGUAGAGAUAUAUAAUCUAACCACAAGUUUAUGUCACUCUUGUGGACUGACUCAAUGUACUAGUAAUUAUGUUUCCCUUGUGCUUCAUAUAGAACAUUUCAAUACUUGUCAUUGGCAAUUUGUCAAAUCUUUAUUUUAAUUGACUGAGCAGCAGUCUGUUAUGUCUGACAGUUACUAUACUUAACAAUCAAUGUAAGAGGGUUUUUUUUUAAAAGAUAUUACUGACAGAUCCAUUCAUGAAACUCAUUUAUUUCAUGAAGAGCAUUGUAAGUGUUUUCCAUGACUUAUUUGCACCCAGCUAAUCAGAUACAAAGAUUUCCAGGAACUUAAUAUUACAUCUGACAUAAAUUAGUCUGCAGAGUGCAGACACAAACCUUUGACUUUCGCAAUUCGCAUAGUGCAGACUGCAGAGUCUGAGGUAGUGAGACUAGAUUCACUAUGUACAGAGAGUUUAGCAUCUAGUCUUCACUCUAGACAUGGUAUAAUUGGUUAAAGUGUCAAACUUGAGUCUGCUUGCAGACUAGACAAAAAUCUUCAUGAGAUGUCUUUGGAUCACUGAACUAGUAGAUAUGUAAUCCAAAGUCCCUGUUUAAGAUUUGAUUAAUCCUCUAAGUCUAACUGUAUAUACCCUUCACCCAUCUCAAGCAGCGCACAAGGAAAACCUAUGACUGAUCACCAGGCCUGAGCAAGUCCUUAGAAUUGGAAAAUUAUUACGUACAAAGUACAAACUUAGGCCUGAAAUUUUGAUAUAUUAAGUGCAAGGUCACUGUUUCAUAGGGCAUAUAGGAUCUUAGGGGUGCUCACAUACCCUCAUUGUCUUCAUACAGGCCAAAGCCGAUGAGAAAUUGGUGGAAAACAAGUAUUUAUUUAAAAUAGAUUGUCAAAUGUUUAAAGGGGAAUCCAGCCUCGGCCAUAAAAUGUUGUGUUGAGAAGGAGAAAAAUAAAUUAAACAGAAUGGUGAAAGUUUGAAAGAAAUCGGACAAGCAAUAAGAAAGUUAUAGCUGCUUUAAAAUUAAGAUCACUAAUACUAUGUAGAUUUCAAAUUGGCAACUGGGUAAGUAAAUUAUGACAAGGGGCAAGGACAACUUUCCCAUAGGCCAUGUACUUUAUUAUCAGGGAUUUGUGGUUUUCUCUUAAGUACCCAUUCCCCUGGGGCAGUAAUCUAAAUAUAACCCAGGUAGUAUAUUGUUUUAUGUCCUCAUGAAAGAAAAAUAUAAUUUGAAAUAAAACUUUGGGGAAAAAUGACAUUUAAGCCAUAAUAUGUAUUGGAGUACAUGAAAGAGUAGUCCUUGCCUUACAUCACUAUGACAUGCCAUAUGCGGCCAAUGUGAAGUCUCCAUGGGUACAGUGAUUACCAAUAUUUACAACUUUUACCUAUCAAUUUGUCUGAUUUUUCUUUUCCUUAUAAAAACAAGUUUUUAUUUGGGUUGGAUUCCCCUUUAAACAUAACCUCAGAAAAUGUUCCAUGCCUUGCAUGAUUCUACAUAUUGAAUUAAAUUCAAUCCAAAAUAGCCUUUGUACAUGUGCAUUUCAAAAUUUCCAUCUGAUAUGAUAAAUGUGUAUUUUUUUCUUAAUACAAGUUCAAUGUGGUGGACAAAUGUAUGUACCGUAAACCAGGGUGACUUUAUGUUAUGAAAGUAGUAUCGUACAUGUAUGAUCCCCCUUUCAUAAUGUACAGACAAAUUUUCAGAAAAACCAACAACAAAAGGAAUGUUACUGAUUUUAAAAUUUGUACAAAACUCGUCCUGGUUUACGGUACAGUUAGGCUUGGAUAGAUCAUAGGAGAUGACAAGAAUGACUUUGUUCUACUCAUAAAACACAUACACCCACACCCACUGUACAGCUCUGUGCACUUCCAGUCCUAACUUUUGUGAAAACACUUUACUUUAAAAACAUUGGGACAAAUUUGAGAACAAUGUUGGAAAUAUAAGCCAUGCUUCAUCUGUCUAUUCAUGAAAACUAGGUCAAGAUAUUUUAAGUCUGUUAUGCGCUGUUGAAUACGCAGUGGUGCACCAAUGUGUUCGAGUUAAUUGUCACGGUGGCUGUUCAACAACGCACAACAAACACCCAGCUAUAAGCUUCUCAUAAUAAAUAAACCUGUAUUUUGUUAGCCAUCGUAUUGCUAGCUGACAAAAACAUGCUUGUAAUUUUUCUCGAAUAAAUCAAACAAGACAUGUUA